AUAUGCAGAUCGAGCUAAGAAAAUUAAGAACAAACCGGUUGUUAAUAUCGACGCGGGCCAGCAAAAGAUUAUGGAACUCAAGGAGAAGGUUGCUACUCUUGAAAGAGAACUGGCUGAAGCUCGCAUGGGAUUUGCCCCUGGCGGUGAAACAAACUCGUUUGAAAUUGCUCAACUGAAGACAUCCCUGGCUGAGAAGGACGUGCUUCUAAAAUAUGCACAUGAGAAAACUGCUGAAGUGAUCUGUCAGAAGACAAGGCUAUGCAAUCAAUUACAACAUCUUGAAGGAGAGCGUGAACGGUUGAAGACAAGGCUAUGCAAUCAAUUACAACAUCUUGAAGGAGAGCGUGAACGGUUGAAAUCGGUUGUAACGCAAAUUUCCGAUGUUAUCAGGUGA